AUGAAAAUCUCCAACACUCCCAACACCUCCAGCGCCAUCACUGGCUUCAUCCUCCUGGGCUUCCCUUGCCCCAGGGAGGGGCAGAUUCUCCUCUUUGUGCUCUUCUCUGCUGUCUACCUCCUGACCCUCAUGGGCAAUGGUUCAAUCAUCUGUGCUGUGCGCUGGGAUCAGAGACUCCACACCCCCAUGUACAUCCUGCUCGCCAACUUCUCCUUCCUGGAGAUUUGGUAUGUCACCUCCACCGUCCCCAACAUGUUGGCCAACUUCCUCUCUGACAACAAGUUCAUCUCCUUCUCUGGGUGCUUUCUCCAGUUUUACUUUUUCUUCUCCUUGGGUUCUACAGAAUGUUUUUUCUUGGCUAUUAUGGCAUUUGAUCGCUACCUUGCCAUCUGCUGGCCUCUACACUACCCCACUCUCAUGACUGGACGUCUCUGUGCCAAUCUCAUAAUCAGCUGCUGGGUAUUUGGUUUCCUCUGGUUCUUGAUUCCCAUCAUCAUCAUCUCCCAGAUGUCUUUCUGUGGAUCUGGGAUCAUUGACCACUUCCUGUGUGACCCAGGUCCUCUUCUAGCACUCACUUGCGAAAAAGUUCCUGUGAUAGAACUUGUCUUCUCCACUUUAAGUCCUUUGCCCCUCAUCAUUCCAUUUCUCUUCAUCAUGGGAUCUUAUGCUCUGGUCCUGAGAGCUGUAUUGAAAGUCCCUUUAGCAGCUGGGCGAAAAAAGGCUUUCUCCACCUGUGGGUCUCAUCUGACUGUGGUUUCACUGUUUUAUGGCUCAGUCCUCGUAAUGUAUGGGAGUCCAACAUCUGAGCAUGAAGCUGGAAUGCAGAAGAUUGUGACUCUGUUUUAUUCUGUUGUGACACCACUCCUUAACCCUGUAAUAUAUAGUCUUAGAAACAAAGAUAUGAAAAAGGCCCUGCAGAAAUUUCUUAGACUAUAA